AUGCUAGAAGUGACCGUGAAAUUCUGUCUCGGCGUCCUCCUCGGCUCCAUUUCCUUCUACGGCCUUCUCGCCAACAUUCUCGUCGUUCCGCCCGUUUAUUGGUUGACGUUCGUGUCGAAGAAGAGUCCAAUCUACGUGAUUUCUCUUGUGAAUUUGUUCACCGAUAUGCUCAAUUUGUUGCUCACUUUGUGCUAUCUCGUGCCUAUUAUUCUGAACAGUGUGAGUAGUGUCACUAGAAUAAAAGUACGUGUACUACUCGAAGGAUUCAGGCGUUCGUCACUUCCAGCACCAACGAUAUGCAAUUCUCGUUCUACAUUGGAACGUGUUUCAUGUUUUGCUGGUAUGUCGGGAGUAUGACUCAGAUAAUAAUGGCCCUUAAUCGGUACGGUUCUCACUUAUCACAAUAACUGAGUGAUUUGCACUCGCAGAGUCGUGGUGAUCUGCUCGGGAUACAAAGAUUUCUUCACUCAUCGAGUACUUCUUCUCAUCUUUUCAUUCAUUUUCCCUACCGCAAUCGCCUUGACCUACCUCGCCCAGUUCGGUUUUUCGUGCUGUGCUCUGGUGUACGACAAUCGGAUACUGUCCAUCCGUUAUCAUUCAUUUGGCAAUGCAACCAUCAACUACUCGAACCUUUUCAUCGAUGUUCCCCUCAAUUUUGGCACUUCAAUGACUGCCUUCGUUUGCUACAGCAUGGCAAGAGGAAAGGUAGAGGAAAGAGAAGAAUUUAAUCGUUUUCCAGAUUAUAUUCGAAAUCUGGAAAACGAAAAAAGCGAUUGGAGUUGAGGUGGCGGCACAAUCGAACCAUGUAAAGAGGGAGAUUUCGUAAGUGCCUUCAUGAAAUACAUCAAAUUUGUCUCUCGCAAACUUUUCUGUUCUCAGGUAAUUUUCGGCAAGUUGUCGCAAGAAUCGGCAUCCGCGCCGUUUUCUGCGGCAAAUUGCUGUAAGGGUGCCGAUUCCGUGCUUGCUACGCGCUGAACCUUUGCUGCUUCCUUGCUUUAACCCUGCUCCCAUUGCUGCUCCCGUGCCGCUCAAAAAUCGUGCUUCCCUCCCAUCCCACUUUUUCUUGUUGCACGCCCUAUCCAUGCUGAUGCCAUGUUGGAUCCGUGCGUGACACAUGCUCACCCCAGGCUAUCGUAGCAACUUGCUGUUCACUUGCCCGCUCGCGCGCGCCCCACCCUUGCCGAAAAUUACCUGAAUUCACAGUGUCCCGACACAGUCGUGCCACGAAAAAGUUUUCAGCAGCAAAACGUGAAAAGUAUUUUGGAUUCAGAUAUGCAAUUCAAUUCUGUCUCAUCACGAUCUUCUACACAAUCAGUUGGAUCCUCUUCCGACUCUUUCCGAUCAUUCUCGGCAAUCGAGGCAUGGAGCUGUACUGUUUCGUAAUGAUCGCAGUUUCCCUCAACAACAGCGCCAACGCCGUCGUCUUUAUCAUUUUCAACAAGGAGGUUCGUGUUUCUUUUCCGUUUCAUUUCGGUUCUACUCUGAUCUGCUCAUUCAGGUCCUCCGUUGCAUUCUCCGCAGUCGUUUCUUCCUGUUCCUCCCGGCAGAACGGUCUUUUCGAGAACGAGAACGCCGCAUUCGAAAUUGUCUCAUCGGCCAAUUAAUUGCCCGUCCUUUGUGAGGCAAUACUAGACACUUUUGUAAGGUCCAUUAGACGCGUCUCCCCGCGCCGUCUCCACCUCGCUUCCCAUCACACAAUCUAACUGGAAUGCUUUCAGAUCGGAUCCUCAGCCACCGACCAGCCUCGUCCGAUCAAUCCAUUCGCCACUACAUCCGGCCGAUCCAGCUCCGUCGCAUCCGACUCCCAUACAAGCCUCCUGA